AUGGUAGUGGUAGUGCUCGACAACGGCGGCUCCUCGAUCAAGGCCGGCGUCAUUGGGACGGGCGCUACCAGAAUCAUCCCCAACGCGAUCGUACGUUCGAAAGGCGACAAGGAGACUUACGUCGGGCACGAAUGGGCCGAGCGGUGCACAGACUACUCUUCUUUGGCGUAUCGGCUCCCCGUAGAGAAGGGUUAUAUUGUCGAUUGGGACGCGCAGAAGGCGAUAUGGGACGGCAUUCUAUCGGACCAAGUCCUGAACGUCAACCCCACAACGUCGACCCUUGUGAUCACCGAGCCCUACUUCAAUCUGCCAAAGAUCCAGGACACGACGGACGAGUUUAUCUUCGAAGAGUACGAGUUCAAAUCGUGUCUCAGGGCCACGCCGGCGUCGUUUAUGCCUUAUGGCUCGCUCUUCGCUUCUCCUUUACCCGAGUGCAUGCUUAUCGUGGACUCCGGCUUCAGCUUCACACACGUUGUUCCUGUUAUGCAGGGCCGUAUUGUCUGGAAUGCUGUCAAGCGGCUCGACGUCGGCGGGAAGCUCCUCACAAACCACCUCAAGGAACUCGUCUCCUUCCGGCAAUGGAACAUGAUGGACGAGACAUAUAUUAUGAGCCACGUCAAGGAGACGUGCUGCUUCGUCAGUGCGGACUUCAAGGCGGAUCUGGAGACUUGUCGACAUGGCGGAAAAAACAACUCCAUUAUACGGGAAUACGUCCUUCCUGACUUGACCAAACUGAAGACCGGUCGACUACGCGCGCCGGACGACAUACCGCUGGAGUCUGACCAGGUUCUCACCAUGGGAAAUGAGCGCUUUGCCGUCCCGGAAGUGCUAUUCAGGCCAGACGACAUCGGUAUGGACCAAGUCGGCCUUCCUGAAACUAUCGCCGCAUCCAUCGCGCUUCUUCCGGACGAUCUGCGAGGCUUGUUUUGGGCGAAUAUCGGCCUGGUUGGCGGCAGUACGAAGUUUCCUGGUCUGUGCGAGCGCUUGUCCAGAGAACUUCGGUCUUUCGCACCAUUUGAGGCUGAAAUUGCUAUUUAUCAGCCAGAGGAUGCAAUCCUCGAAGCGUAUACGGCUGCGGUGUCGUUGGCAUCUUCCCGGGCGUUUACUACCUCAAAGAUGGCUGUCACGAGGGCAGAAUACCUGGAGAGCGGGAGUAGCGCUAUGAGGAGAAAAAUGGCGGGCCUCGGCAAUGACUGGCAAGCUCCACCAGCGGGUGGGGACACAAAUACAUUUCCACAACUGGGAGGAGAAGGACACGAAUUAGAAUUGGUGCUGGGGAGUAGAUGUCCAAAUGUAUUACAGUCGUUCCUAAGGAAAUCACGCUCAUCUCCCUUCGUCCGCCACGUCAGAAUGCAGCAGGACGAGCUGGAUGCGAGUCUCUUCAACCCAGCAGGCAGUACAGAACAGGAAAUGAUCGACAAUACUAGUACUGUCGAAGAUCUUUUUGCAACUGGCCGUUCUUUCCGCUUUCUUCCCACUCAAACCGGCACACAGCCGCCAACCAAACGCAAAGCUACCAAGCCAGCUUCCAAGUCCAAGUCCCAAAACUCCAUAAUCAGCAUUGACGACGAUAGCGAAUCAGAACCACUCUCAAAGAAGAAGAAGACAGACGUUGUAGCCUCAGAUGACGAAGACGUUUCGCCUCCCAUCAAAAUCUCAAGUUCUGCGAUGGUUGAGAAAGCUUUGGCCCACCAAAAGGCAGAGCAAAGCUGA